AUGGCUGCUUCAGCGCCUGCUUUCAAGCAGGCAUUCUCACCGCAGCGAAUUUGUCUCCUCAUCGGUUUCUUGAUAUGCUCCACUAUCGCCGGGCCGGCGAUCGGCGCGGAUCUCCGGUGUCCCGAUUACGUCAUCCAGCAUGCACCUCUCAUCUGGCUUCACUCUGAGGAUCCUUACAUGCCUAGCGACCUCUUGACGCACAUCCAACAUACCUCUCCGGCACUAGACGGCAAACCUAUCCCGGAUAUCUCAACUCUCGACCUUGACAACCUGGAAACACUAAACAAGUUUGGAGACGAAGUAGCUCUCACGUCAAACGACGAUCCGUUAAGCUACCCAGAAUGGAUUCACGGUGAGACCCCCGACGCUGAUGGCAGAAUCAACAACGCCACACCAUGCGUUGUAGUUCUCGUCGAGAAGGGAGAGCGGGACCUGGAUGCGUUUUACUUCUACUUCUACUCAUUCAACGAGGGCAUGAAUAUCAGCCAAGUUCUGGAACCAUUCAAUCGUAUGGUCAAGGGCGAGAAGGCGCAGUCAGGGAUGCACUUUGGUGAUCACGUCGGGGAUUGGGAGCAUAACAUGAUUCGCUUCCGAGAUAGGAAGCCGACUGGAAUCUACUACAGUCAGCACGUUGAUGGCGCCUCUUUCAGUUGGGAUGAUUCAGCCCUCACAAAGACCGAUGGAAGGGUUUGUGACUCUACUUAG